CGCGCCGGACAUGGCUCCCGCCAUCGCCGCCGAGCAGGGCGGCCGGCAGCGCCGCGCCGCCACCCGCCAGCACAGCCUGGAGCUGACGGACGAGCCGCCCCGCCACGGGCUGCCCGGGGACACCGAGGCGCUGCUGCCGGCGCGGGCGCGGGGGUACCGCGCGGAGCUGGGCAGCAUCCUGCUGCUGCUGGUGCUGUACGUGCUGCAGGGCAUCCCGCUGGGGCUGGCGGGCAGCGUGCCGCUCAUCCUGCAGAGCAAGAGCGCCAGCUACACCGACCAGGCCUUCUUCAGCUUCGUGUUCUGGCCCUUCAGCCUGAAGCUGCUGUGGGCGCCCUUGGUGGACGCCGUGUACCUGCGGGGCUUCGGCCGCCGCAAGUCGUGGCUGGUGCCCACGCAGUACGUGCUGGGGCUCUUCAUGAUCUACAUGUCCACGCAGGUGGACGCGCUGCUGGGCGACGGCCGCGGCCGCGGCCCCGACGUGGCGGCCCUGACCGUCACCUUCUUCCUCUUCGAGUUCCUGGCGGCCACGCAGGACAUCGCGGUGGACGGCUGGGCGCUCACCAUGCUGUCCCGGGAGAACGUGGGCUACGCCUCCACCUGCAACUCGGUGGGCCAGACGGCCGGCUACUUCCUGGGGAACGUCCUGUUCCUGGCGCUGGAGUCCGCCUCCUUCUGCAACAAGUACCUGCGCUCGGAGCCGCAGCCGCGGGGCAUCGUCACCCUCGCAGAUUUCCUGUUUUUCUGGGGAGCUGUCUUCUUAGUUACCACUACAUUGGUUGCCUUUUUGAAAAAGGAAAACCAGGAGCUAAUACCAGCAAAGGAAGAAACAAAAGGCAUCACUGACACAUACAGGCUACUAUUCUCAAUAGUCAAGAUGCCAGCAGUUCUUACUUUCUGUCUCUUGAUCCUCACUGCAAAAGUUGGGUUUUCAGCAGCAGAUGCUGUAACAGGACUCAAACUGGUGGAGGAGGGAGUCCCCAAAGAGCACCUGGCUCUGCUGGCAGUUCCAAUGGUUCCUUUGCAGAUCAUCUUGCCUCUGGUUAUCAGCAAAUACACAGCGGGCCCCCAGCCCCUGAACACCUUCUACAAAGCAAUGCCUUACAGGUUGCUUCUUGGCCUGGAAUUCGCUUUCCUGGUGUGGUGGGCUCCUAAAGUAAAGCAUGAAGGAGGAUUUCCUGUCUACUACUAUGCUGUGAUGGUGCUGAGUUAUGCUCUACACCAGAUCACCCUGUACAGCAUGUACGUGGCCAUCAUGGCCUUCAACGCCAAGGUCAGCGACCCGCUCAUCGGGGGCACCUACAUGACCCUGCUCAACACCGUGUCCAACCUGGGGGGCAACUGGCCCUCCACGGUGGCCCUGUGGCUGGUGGACCCCCUGACAGUGAAGGAGUGUGCCGGGGCCCAGGGCCACACCUGUGCCACUGCAGCGGCCACAGAGCUGUGCACAGCAGCUGGGGGCUCCUGCAUCACCACCCUGGACGGGUACUACGUGGAGUCUGUCAUCUGCGUCAUCCUGGGCUUUGCCUGGUGGUUCUUCCUUGGACCAAAGUUCAAGAAGCUGCAGGAUGAAGGACAGUCUUCGUGGAAGUGCAGGAGGAGCAAUUGAUGCACUUAGGUGUUGGAUGGACCAGCAAGGUGAUUUUAGUUUUAUUACAAAGACAUGUCCCAUAAUCAGCACCCCGGAAUCUCGGUGUUCCUGUGCCACGCCAGGGAGAUGUGCGUGGCCGAGGCAGGGCUGUGUGUGGCACCACUGCCCUCCCCACAGCACGGGCACUUCAGAAAGGAAUGGCUAAAGCAGCACCUCCGUGCUCCAUGCUUCCCCCUGACUCCAGAGCUGCUGACUCCACAGGGCACCUCUGGGAAAGCUCCUGGGGCCCUGGCUGUAGAGGCAGCAGCAUUGCCAGCUGAGUGCCAGCUUUUAUUUUCACACAGAAGUGGUCUGACGGGGCAGCUGACCUGGGGAAGGAUGCCCAAGGCAUUCUGACUUGCAGGUUAACCAUGGUACUGUGGAAUUCCUUGUGGGAAGAUCAGUGUGAGAUGUCCAUGGGCUUUGCUUCUCACUUUCUGAAUUGUAACCGCGCCUCAAAGGAUGAAAUGUUCGGAGAUUCUUUUAAAUGUAUUUUCUGGCUUUUAUAAGCUUUAAAGAUUUAUAAGAAACUAUUUUUAUAAGCAAAUUACAUUUGUUUAAUUUAUUUCCGCUGUUUCAAGGCAGUUUGAUUUACGUUCAAGGUACUUUCUUGACAACAAAAUGCUGUAAGGUAGGACUGGAAUAACGCACAAUCCUCUGAGCCUUGAGUCCUGCAGCUGGAACUGGAGGUGCUUCCCAAGGGAGGGCACGUGGACCUUUGGAAGGAGUGAGUUGAUAGGGGAAAACCAAUCCAUUGGUUUUCCAAACUGUAUUACUAAAAUUUGAAGAUUGCAGUGGGAUCACCGAGACUUCCCCCAGGCGGGGGUGAGAAGAGGGAGUUGGUGAUGACAAAGUUGCCAAAUUCCCAGGGAGCUGCUGCAGGACUCACCCUCACACCGGUGAAAUGGGCUCGGUCCUGGGGCAGGGCUGCUGCAGAGUUCACUGCUGGUGCCACGUGGUGGAAAUAUUCCUGCUGGAUUUCUCCCACUGAGCUCCCUCCUGAGUGCCUUAGGGACCCACAGGUGCUGGAGAGGCACUCGGACCCUGCUGGGUGCGCGUGGAGCGUUGGUAUUAAAAAGGAAAACUAUUAAACAUCCCUUGGAAAGGUGCUCGACGUUCCCUGCCACGUCUCUUGUCCGUGUUUGAAGGACUGGGCUGGAGGGGGUUGGGAUUUUCUGCUCCUGUGUGUUUUGUGGGGAAAGUGGCCCAGUGUCACCCCUGGAGUGCUGGGGGUGGCUGGGUGUACCAAGGGUCUCCUUGGCCUCGGGGGACGGAGGGACUGGAUGAGGACACUGACCUCAUGCUUCCCUGGACACGUCCUCCUGUCCUCUGUCCCCUCCCUUGAGGGUCACACCUCGCAGUUUGCUUCAAGCACAGCAAAACCACUCAUGCUAGGUGAAAUCACAAGGGUUUUACUGCCCAAGCAGAACGUCUUCCAAUUUCCCCUCUGCAUAAGAACAAAAUCAACAUAAAAAUAAAUCAGAUUUAUGGCU